GACGAUGAGUACAUCGAGGUCGACUCCCCCAUGGAGCCGCCUACCGACAUGUACGACGACGACGAUGAGCUGCAAGAAGGCGCGACUCUCCUAGGGCAGUCUCUCACCUCACCAUCGAAGCCUGCGUCCGCCACGCCCAGUCGCCCCACCAAGACGAAGAUCAAGGUCAAGGUGCACAAGGAGGAUCGGACCAAAAUGAUGGACUGGCCCGAAUCGCUUCCAUAUGAGUGUGAAAGCUUGGAGGAAUUUGACCAGAGGCUGGCUUUCAUAGAGAGGAAGCUCAUAGAGUGUAUAGAGGCCAAAGACUACGACGUUGGUCUUAUACAAUGGAACCACAAGCUACAAUGUCUCAUCAGUCUCAAGUACCCCAUCUUGCGCUCCACGCGAGCGUCCCUCGCAGCAUUGUACUACCACCUCACACUCAUACCCGGCUUGGACACUCGCAUUGUAGAUGUAUGCGCCUCGAUGGCCAUCACCCUCCUUGCGCCCAAGCGUAAGAUCUCGAGCAGAGAUUUGACACUACCGUGGAAGCCUCUAUAUGACCUUCUGUACGCUCAGCUGUUCCCUAAGUCGAGGACUAUCGGCCUUACCGCCAUUGCCAACACCCUACUCGACCUCGCUAUUACAGCUCAACGCUUUUACUCACCAUUAGACGCCGAUGAUAUGCUGGAGGAGAUUCUGCCUUUCAUGGACGGCUCUAGCGUUAACUCCGUCAUCGCAGCGCAAGCUUUCCUCGUACACUUUCUGCCCCUCUCCAAGCCGCAGCGAUGGCUCCCGGCUAUGUUCAGGCUGUGGAGUACGUUUGAAAGCAGUCUCUUCGACGAUCAGAUGAUUGACCUGCUGGCCAGACUGUCGGAAAUGCACUGCGAUCCAGCCAUCUCGGCCGAGUCAUCUUCCUCUUCUCCAUCGCUCGAGCCGAGAGACUCAGACUCGACCACCUCUGCUCCCAUCGGCCUUUGGAAAGACGUGGGCCUGCUUACCAAGGACCAAUUCUCACUGGUCAUGACCAAGGCUCUUCGGGCAGCCGGACUACCUGUUGGAGCCAACAAGCAUGCAAAUGCCACGUUGAUGGCUCAGUCCAUCAGCAUGAGGUCAGGACCAGACGCCGCAGUGUCCGAUACGAUUAUGAGGAUGAAGAAACCCUCGAGGCCCGUGACGAACAUGGCAGUUAUCAUGGUGUAUAAUAUGAGCUGUGAUGGCCCUGUUGCACCGCCAGAGGGCGAAGCAACUCCUUCACCGCCAACAAGUGGAGGAGAAACUUCUAAUGAGCAGCACAGCUUCUUGGCGGGAUCGCGCGCAUUGGAUGCUGUCGCUCGCUUUUUACAAGCUACAGAGACGUACUUCCACCCCUCAAAUUGGGGUCCAUGGCAAUUUGCACUCGCAGGCUUCGUGGGUGAGCUCUCUGCGACUUUCCUCAACCGGUGGCGAGAUGAGCAACGGAGCGACUGCAAGACUCCUCUGGAUCGACGUCUGACUCCGGCAAUCAAGAGGGAGUUUGUACAGACUAGCAAGACUGUCUGCUUGCUCAGUAUGUUCGGCAAGGAUGGCUUGACCAUUGCAGCUUCGCAGAAAGCCCUCAAGCGACUGGCCAUCCUAGAGCCCGACUUGAUCAUUCCGGCUGUGCUGGACAGGGCAUAUUCAUCUCUCGAGGAGUUGGAGACGACACAUCGGACGACCGCCAUCAUCACGAUGCUCUCGGCCUUGUCGCUUCCCUUGGUCUCCCGAGAGAUCUUCCCUGCUGGCGGUAAGCACCUGGCUCCACUGCUCCAUCUCUGCCUGCCUGCCUUCGAUCCUACGGAUGCAUCGAAGACCAUGUGCGCCUGCUCCUUCGUAGUUACGGCUCUCAUGACCAUCAGGCUGGACGACUUGACUCGCCCAGAGCUGACAGACAGCGCUGUUGAUGAUGCGGAUGCACCCAAUGGCGAGAGCGAGGAAGCAGCUGUCGCAAGGAUGUCUCGCAGGGAAGAAGACGAUGCGCUACGAAUGAGUACCGGCGACUUCGUCGAGUGGUCCAUUGAGUACUUCAACCGCGUCUUUGUCAUCUGCGCUGCGCUGCCCGAAGAAGGAGCGACGGGCAAGGUGGGAGGAAAGCAGGAGGAGCAAGUCAUUGCCUCUUUGCUCGCCUCGACAGACUCAGUUGUGGUGGCCAUGAGCCCUCACCUCCGCGCCAUUACCUUCAAUCACAUCCUUAAGUACUGCGCUGAGAACACUUCUCCUAGCGCAACGAGGGUGAUUGGGUCGAUCAUUGCUUGCUUUGCUAGAGUCGAUCCGGAAUUGACUCUUAGCAAGAUCUUCCCACUUGUCGAUGCGAGGAUUCGAGAAGAGCUGCAGCACGGCGCCAGCUCCGCUCGCACAAUCUCCGGGAACACCACUGCUCCUGUUGAUGCAGCUCUACACUGGCACAUCGCCAUUCUCAUGGGCGCCAUCUCUUACAGCGGAAAGGCUGUCCUCAAGUACAGGGAGGGACUCUUGUCGCUGUGCGGCUUGCUCAUCGAGAGGACACGAUCUGUCAAAGGCUUCACUAUGACUGCUGGCUUGGUCAAUCGCCUGAUCACCGUUCUUUGCACGUUCUAUCCUUCGGACUGGCAUUGCCUAAACCCUGACGAGUGGAAUGACCCUCAGAUUGCGCGCAAUUCGCAUAUGCACUGGGGCAAGCUCUACGAGGCAAGAGAUGCCCAACUGCGCUGGCACAUCCCAGAUGAGGAGGAUGUCGGCUUCGCCAUUGAGGUCUUGCAGAGACUCGUCGAGCCCAGGAUGGAUGAAUUCUUGGAGCUGCAGUCAGUGGCCCACGAGCUCAGGGACACGGUAUGGUCCAACGACUUCAUUCGCAAGCUGUCACUGCUCAAGUAUUGUUUCACCGCACAAGCCAGUCUGGUGCCUGACGCUAGGGCUGGAGGCGGCGAGCAGGCUUCCGAUGCUGGCAAUGAGUGCAUGGAGUUCAUCCAGCCUCCGCCUGCUUUCAAGUCUGGCUUUGUGCUGCAAGAACCCGAAUCGCCUCACUACAAGUAUGUGGUAGGUUUCAGGGAGAGGUUGGGAGAAUUGCUUUAUCGCAGCGCCACAUCGACUAAGGCGAGUGAGGCAGAGGACAAACAAGGCUGUAUCAGACUUCUUCUGCGCACUGUGCGUACCUACCUGUCUGACUACAGCUACUCUUCAGAAGAGUACAAUAAUCAGUCACAAGCUCUCAGCUUCUACCGCAAGAUCUUUAAGGUCUAUCCACGCCAAAAGGAGCAGCCGCGUAUGCUGUGGAUCCGACGAGCUGCUUUCUACCACGCCUCGCGCGGACGACUGAAUGCUUUCCAUCGACGUAGGACAGCGCUGGAUGACAAGCUCAUCAAGGACAUUGUGCUGGAAUACUGCAUGAGUACUUAUGUCGGCAUUAGGAAGACUGCUCAAAACACGCUGGACCACAUUGCUGGUCUCUACGAUGGUACGCGACAGAUCUGCAUGCCCAUCUUGCUACGUGCUGUCGCUCCAGGCGUGGGUGAUGACCGAAUGAAGGGUGCCCUGUACUGCCUGGGUAGCAAAGGUUUCGGCAAUUUGGCCAUCGUCGAUGCUCGCUUUACAUCUGACUACAUCACGUGCCUGAUCAAUGCUCAGCAUCACCCCAAGCCGUCCCUGCAGAAAGUCGUGCGAGCUCUGCUGGGGGACUUCUGCGCCCGCUUUGCCGAGCCGUCGACUUUCAAGUUCAGGAUCGAGACCCCCCAGGAGCUGGUGACGGUCGUCCGGACCAUCGAGCGGUCUCUCGGUUCGGCUACACCUUCUACGCCUGUGCAAGUCCUUGAAGAGGUGGUCGCAAAGAGACAAUCCCGAAGUCACGAGAUCGAUGGUCUUCAAGCCAAGCUCAAUCCCGUCUUGCUCAAGAUCGCAAGGGACCCACAUGUGCACUGGUCAUUUGCUCAAUUCGCUGCCCGCAUUCUCCGAGCUCUGAUUCGCCGUGAUCAGCCAAUCAAUCCUGAGGUAGCAUCGUACUUCGUCCAGGAGCUGGUCUCGGACAACCCAAAUCUACGCAAGUACGCUACUGGGGCAUUGACUCGAUUGCUAUACUUCAUCAAGCUCAGGACGCUCUGCGCCUCUGACCAGGACCUCGCCGUAGGCAAGUCGACUAACCCUCUCAAGCGCAAGGAGACGCUGCCAGUGCCUAUGACUCGGGGCUAUGAGAACGACAUGGCCGAUAGCUUGGUCGUACCGAUGGACGCGGAAGCGGGAGAAAGCUCACACCGAGCCAAAUACAGAGACCGAACACAUCUCGGUUGGUUGGUCUGGGGCAAAGAGGCAACGUACUACGCCAUGCCGCCCAAAGACCAAGCGCCAUGGCAAUGGGACGAGUCCUCCAAGGCGGCUGUCGACGCGAUGUGGUCUAGCGGUCUGAGCAGUGAUGAAUACUGGAGCAAGCUCUUCUCUAUCCUGGGCCAGGAGAAGCCGAGAACGUAUCCUGCGACAGAAAAUUUCGGCCUCAUCAAGAGCUUUGCGCAAAUUUAUGGGUACGCAGUGCAGGACAUCAUCGCUCCGAUCGCAAACCGCGCUAUCGGCCUGCAGGAUCGUCAUGCCCAUCGCGCUGCGUCCGAAGCCAUCGUCGGAGUGAUCAAGGGCAGCAAACACUGGCCUCUCGAUGACCAAGACAAGUUCUGGGCAUGGUUGGUACCGCUUUUCCCUCGCAUCUUCAAGGAGUCAACGCAAGACUCGCAGCAAGCAUGGAGUGAGAUGGUCCACCAGACUUUCGAUGGACGAGACCCUCGAAGAGCUCAGCCGCUCCUCGACUUUACAGUUCAGCGAGCCAAAGAGUAUCAAGAGGGCAAGGGCGAGUUUGAGUCGCUCAACGAGCAGAAGAGGGCACACGGCAUGUUCCGCUCACUCAUUGCGCUGCUGGAUCGCAAGCUCACAGCUCGCGCGCCCGAGUUUGUCGAGGUCUAUUCGAAGGAUCUCGGAUCGGCUUUCGGAGAAUUGAGGUCUGAGCAGAGCGAGAUCCUGGCUGACUUGGACUUAUUCAGCGUUGCGCCGCGCUACCCUUCUGUCGAGCACUUUUUGCGAGACGCAAGUGGUCAAGAAGACGGUGCUCCCCUUUCGGAGAUGCCAGACGUCUACAAGGCGCGCUUCGAGAUGAUCAAGGCCAGCCUGGAGGAGUCACGACCAUCUCGAGUGCCACUGUCACAGGGUACCUCGCGGUACGACUGCAUCUCCAUGACUGCCCUCCUGUGGGUGUCGACGACGCUAGGCGACCAUCGCCAUUCGAAGAUGGAGUACCACGCCAUCGAGUUCCUUCCGCAUAUCUUCCAGAUGCUCGAGUUGAAGGACAAUCCUGAACUCUCGAACCUUGCACGAGCUGCUCUUACCAAGAUCUGCACACACCACUUUGGUCCCGGUGCCUUGCCAGGCAAAUUGGUGGAGCAAUUGCUCACCUUGCUCAAGGAGUCCAAGGAUUCAUGGAGGGUCCGUCUAGACGCGCUGCCCAUUCUGCAAGUGGCCUACUUCCAGAAUCUCUUCUACUUAGGACCAGCCGACAUCAGAGGUAUGGUAGAUGUGCUCCUGGCCCUGCUGAAAGACGCGCAUCCAGAAGUUAGGGAGAUGGUCGCGACUUCCCUCAGUGGCAUCGUCCGCUGUUCAGAGCGCAAGCUCAUCUCCGACCUCAAGCGUCGCUUCACCUACACCGUCACGCACACUCUGCUCCCCGCUCGCGGCUCAGAAGAGUACAGUUCUGCCCUCAUCGAGCUCCACUCUGGUAUCCUGGGAGCAACGGCCCUCCUCUCUGCCUUUCCCUAUGAGAUCCCAAGCUGGAUGCCCGAACUACUCCUACAGACCGUCUGUCAACAUACCGAUGAUCCACCACCUGUGAGCACUACGAUUAAAAAGUGCGCUAGGGAAUGGAAGAGGACUCAUCAGGAUGGAUGGGAAGAGGCUAGUAAGGCUUUUACUCCAGAGGAAUUGGCAGAGGUGAAUGCGUGGGCAUUGGGGAGGUCGGAUUAUUAUGCUUGA